GGCGAUGGCAGAGGGUGGCCUCAGCCGCGUCCCCGAUGUGGACAUCGAUUCCGACGGCGUCUUCAAGUACGUGCUGAUCCGAGUCACGCCGGAGGGGAAGGAGCCAGGCAAAGAGAUUGUGCGCGGCCACGCUUGGGCGGAGUAUCACGCUGAUAUCUAUGAUGAAGUAGCAGAGGCGCUGGAGAAGCAGGGCUUCCGCUGUAAAUGCUUGGGCGGCGGCAGGAUAUCCCACCAGAGCGGCUCCAAGAAGAUCCAUGUUUAUGGCUACUCAGUGGGCUUUGGCAAAGCCAAGCACUCCGUGGCCACAGAGAAGCUGAAAGCCAGAUACCCCGACUAUGAGGUCACCUGGGCGGACGAAGGCUACUGACAGCAGCAGAUAUCACUCCAGAGGGGCCUCAAUGAACUUGCUUUGCCUGCUCCCUUCCUUGAUGGUGCUGCAUAUACAAACUGCCAAGGGAAAUGGGUUGGUUUUCAUGCGAAUGCAUUGCCAGUGCUGUGCCAGUCUCUGGCUGCUUACACCAAGCCUGUGUAUGAACAGAGAGAAAUAAAUUAUUCCUGUCAUGACUCUGGUGCUGUAGUCUCCACAACACACAAGGCCCUGUGCGUAACG